AACUAAUCAUUCUGUCUGCCGUGAUGUUCAAACAACGUCCAUUGAUGACAAUGGUGAACGGUUUUUUGAAAAUGGAUUCAUCUCUGCAAAAAGGUCAGUUCCCUUUCCGUGUCAAAGGUCAAACAACCUGUAUGCAGCACAAGGGAAUACAACUGGAAUUUUAUUGUGAAGAAUGUGAACAACUCGCUUGUAUCAAGUGUUUAUCCACUGUGCAUAAGAGGCAUUCAUUGGCUGGACUUGCUGAAAUUACUCCUCAAAGGAAACAAGACAUUCAUAACUUUAUAGUCAAGACAGAGGAUGUAGACCUCGUACAAGUUGACCAGUACAUCACUUCUACUGAUACACAACUGAAGGAAAACGCCAGCAGCUUUGACAAACUUUGCGAUCAGAUAAAGUCACAAAAUGAGAAAUUGAAAGAGGAACUUGACCUGCUGUCAGCUCAUUCUUUAUCGCUCUAUAAACAAAUGGAGGAGGAUAAUACCAAGCUACUACAAACGUACAAACAGGACAUGGAAAUGUACAGGACACAGCUGAAACAAAAAGUAAAGGAAUGUAAGAAAGCACUCCAGCAGAACUCUGUUAUCGAAAUCCACGAUGCAAGAUUUGAGAUUGGUUGUCCCAUUAAAUUUCCCGUAAAGCCUACCAUAGGUCUUGUCAGUUUCAGUCCAAACAAAUAUCCUCAGAUUGAUCUGGAAAAAGCCCUGGGAGAGGUUGUCAUCUCCGAUCAAGUUCUGAAUCAUGAUUUGUUAGAUCAUGGCCAGUCAGUUCCAUCAUUUGUUAGACAAGGGCCGUCAUUUAAGCAGAGACCAGAACAUAAUGUCAAUUCAGAACAGCGGUCAGGAGACAUCACUGAGAGAUCAAAGGAAAAAAAGGGAGCAGUCAGAACAACUCUUUUGCCCCAGACCAAAAUAUUACGGGAGUGGAAUUCUCCUUGUGAUAUUUCUUCUGUGUGUCCAACCGGCAAUGGUACAGUGUGGACCAGCUACUACUUCAGUGAGACUUUAACUCUCCAGGAUGGAAAGGGUGAUGUGAUACAGAAGGUACAACACAAAACUAUAAAUGACUUGAGUCUGUCACCGACAACCAACACACUUUGGCUCAGUGAUGAGGAAAACAGCAUCCUAGAGUUUGAGUCAGGACGAUUAUUACACAGAUUUAGUACCGAUAGGAGACCAAGGUGUAUCUGUAUUACAGCCAGUAACCAUGUUAUUGUAGGAAUGACCAAUCGCAUCUCAAAAUUUACCUCAGAAGGUAAAUUGUCACUUACUACAUUGCCUACAGGGACUGAAGAGUCAUUGAUAUGUACGCCAUUGAGGAUUACAGAGUGUUCUGUCACCCAUAAUAUCUCUGUAGUUGAUUCCAAGGGGAACAGUGAUGACGAUGAACGAAACAAGUAUGUGGUUGCCAUGGACGCGGAAUUUAAAAAACUGUUUGUUUUUGAUGGGAAAAUAUCUGAUACAUAUCAGCAAAUGUCACAGCCAGGAGAUUCACCAUUUGACCCUCGAGGCCUGGCGUAUGACCAUACGGGUAAUCUUGUCAUAGGAGACCACAGUAACAAACGUGUCCUUCUCAUCAGUGGGCGUGGAGAGUUCCUCAGGAUCUUACACACAGAUACUAACGGUACAGUUGAUGUUAGCAUAGACAAGUUUGGAGACCUGUGGGCAGUGUUUGGUCUGAACAACAUCAAGCUACUACAGUACUACAGUGUGUGAAGCUGGCCUACAACGUAUGAUUAUAAUUAUCAUGACUUCUAACUGUGUUAGAUAAGUGGAAGGAACU